AAUGAAACUACUUGAAAUUUGGAAUAAAACAAACUCAGCUUGAUUGGGUAAAAUGAUAUUGCUCGUUCAGGCUAAUGCAUUUAGUCGUGACGCAUUUUUGAGUUGUUGACAAAAGAAGAUUUUUCACGUUCAUUUUCACGGGAAAUGUAAACCAGGCUCUAAACCAGGUCUAAACCAGUCACAUGCAGUGCUACAGUUGCCCUGUGAAAUCAACAAAUAUUACGAUAAAAAUUUUAUAUCCUAUAUCCUUUAAUUUAAAAAUUAAAAUGAACAAAACCAAAAAAAAAUGUACUCUAGCUAGAACCGUGAGAGUGUGUAACCAAAAAUUCAUCCACCGGCGAUUAAUCUCUUUUCAAAUGUUGUUCUUGAACUAGUGUUUACCUCGUCGUUUACCAUAUAAAAACCGGAUCAGGGUUCAGUAAAAAACGUUAAUCGGAUUACCUGUCUACUUACUACCUGCGUUGUAAGUUUUAAUAGUUAGUUUAACUUUGUUUUCUCCUUUCCAAUAAAAUGUCAAAGGAAGCCGAGCCUGCCCGGGCUGACAAGGAGCUGGAUCUAUCCAACGCAGGAAGAGGCGUUUGGUUAGUCAAAGUUCCCAAAUACAUUGCCAACAAGUGGGAGAAAGCUCCCGGGAAUAUUGAGGUCGGUAAACUGAAAAUUUCUAAGCAGGUCGGUCAGAAGGCUCAGGUCUCGCUAACCCUGUCAGAUGCCGUCAUCGAGAUUGAUCCGUCGGACAAGAUUCCGCGAGAUCACCGGCUGGACGUGUCGGUUGUGACCAAACAAACGUUGGGAGUUUUCUCCCACAGCAUUCCUCCGGUAUCGACCCGUGAAGAUGCCCCACCGGAACAGGAAAAAUUGUUCAUGGAAGGUCGCAUCGUGCAGAAGUUGGAGUGUCGUCCGUACGCCGAUAAUUGCUACAUGAAAAUGAAGCUGGAAUCGAUCCGUAAAGCUUCUCAACCUGCUCGGCAGGUCAAAUCGUUAGAGAAAAUUGUCCACAACUUCAAACCGGUGUCGGACCAUAAGCACAACAUCGAGGACAAGGAACGGAAGAAGGCCGAGGGCAAAAAGUCCCGAGACGACAAGAACGCCGUUCUGGAUAUGUUGUUCAAUGCCUUCGAGAAGCAUCAGUACUACAAUAUCAAGGAUUUGGUCAAAAUCACUCGGCAGCCCAUCAGCUAUCUGAAGGAAAUUUUGAAGGAAGUCUGUGAUUACAAUAUGAAGAACCCGCACAAGAAUAUGUGGGAGUUGAAGAAGGAAUAUCGCCACUACAAGGAGGACGACAAGAAGGAAGAUUCCAAGGGCGGUGGUUCUGAUAGCGAUAGUGACUGAGGGAAAGAUGAGUUAUUAUCCUCGCGCAUUUGAAUUUUUUGAUUGACUUUAAACUGUUAGAAACUUAUCGAAAUGAAUAUAUGUGUUAGGAAUAAUCUUACAACAUUUA